GAGACUUGUGAGGUAGCAUUCUUGGAGUCACUGUCACGUGGCUUUUGGAUUUGCGACCCCACACCACAACACAAUCUGCGUAACCGUGUUCCUGACCCCAUUGAAGCCUAGCCUAUGCAGACACGCCACACAAAAACACACCCUCAAUUCAAACAUGUUAUACUAGGUUGAAAAUUCAUCAAUGUUUAUUGCCUUCUACUCAGAAGAAGAAAACGCGUUCAGGAGGGAGACGAUAACAUGGGUACUGUUCAAACAAGGCAAAGAAAAGGUAUUUGAAGUUUGAGGUCUGAGGGAGGACCCUUUCGUUCUUCUUUCUCGUAGUGGUGCUUUGGGUGCUCCACUACGUCAACAAAAUCUGACAACAACAGAAUCUUCAUAGAUUGUGGGGAACAAAAGUACCAUAGAUAACCAUACUGUUGAAAAUUGAAGAAGGAAUAUUGAGUGUUUUUAUUGAGCCAGAAAUGUGAUGCAGAGAUUGACACUGUUAUGUGAUCUGGGUUUUAUGCUGUCACGAGAUUUUGAGGUGUGACACCUCAGGCAUUGGUUUCUUGGUUGGUAAAGUUUGGUGACUAUUGCAGUAGAACUAUCUUCAUUCAAAGUUUUCAUCUUUGCUUCAGGUCUAAGAAUUUCGGUUGUUAUUAUGGGAUCUCAAGUUUAGACCUUUGCUUUGUGCUGAGAUUGACACGUGAUAUGUCCGCAGCGUCGCCGUCUGCGGCGGCAUCUCCACCGCCACAAACACCACCCUCCUCCAACACUAGUCCCUCACCGUCCAACGCCACCACUCCUCCGCAGCAACAAACCCCUUCUUCCACUUCUCCGCCACAACAAGCAGAAUCUCCGCCUCCGCUAAUCCCGUCUCCGGCGGCUCCGCCGCCUACUCCGCCGUCACCGCCACCUAAUUCUUCACCUCCCCCCGUGUCUACAACACCCCCUCCAUCAGUCACUCCAUCAUCACCACCGCCAUCUUCGCCGCAGCCAUCUCCUCCACCGCCACCCCCUCCAUCAGUCCCUCCAUCAUCACCACCGCCAUCUUCGCCGCAGCCAUCUUCUCCACCGCCGCCUUCUUCCGAUGCACCGGCACCGGUGCCACCGAGCUCUCCACCGCCACCACCACCUUCAGCACCAGUUCCAUCAAGAAGCCCUCCGCCACCGCCACCACCAUCAAACCCUCCUAAUAGCUCAUCUCCACUACCACCGCCACAACCAUCAGCAUCAGCUCCCCCACCUAACAACACCCAAACACCGCCGCCGCAGCGAAAUUCACCACCACCUCCGGCCACCACGUUGCCACCAGCCUCGCCACCACGAAAUUCACCAUCUCCUCCGGCUGCACCGCCCCCUAGAAACUCAACUAGGUCACCACCGCCACCUCCGGCAGCGGUGCAUGCGCCGUCACCGAGGUCAUCGCCACCUCCAGCACCUGAACCAUCCAACCCACCUUCUAGGAUUAGUCCUCCUCCCACACCAAGUUCCUCCCUAGCUCCCCCUUCAAAUUCUACGCCAAGCUCAUCACCACCUUUAGUUACUCAAUUGGCCCCGCCACCGCCAUCCCCGUCAAAAGUUUCAUCGCCCCCAUCCCCUACUCCGAACCCGACAGCAGAACCAGGCUCUCCUGGAGGUACAAUCAGCACUGGUGGUGUAGUGGCUAUUGGUGCGGUGGCUGGAUUUCUGCUACUUGGCUUCAUUGGUGUUCUUAUAUGGUGCAUGAGAAGGCAAAAGAGAAAGACUCCUUUGAAUGGUGGUUAUGUCAUGCCAUCCACUCUUGCCUCCUCUCCUGAAUCAGAUUCAUCGUUUUUUAAGACACACUCCUCAGCUCCUCUUGUGCAAAGUGGCUCUGGCAGUGAUAUUGUGUACACACCAUCUGAUCCUGGUGGACUAGGCCACUCAAGGUCAUGGUUUUCAUAUGAAGAACUGAUGAAGGCCACAAAUGGUUUCUCAAGUCAAAAUCUUUUGGGUGAGGGAGGAUUUGGUUGUGUGUAUAAAGGGCACCUUCCUGAUGGAAGAGAGAUAGCAGUGAAACAACUGAAGAUUGGCGGAGGUCAGGGAGAGAGAGAAUUCAAAGCUGAAGUGGAAAUUAUCAGUCGUAUACAUCAUCGCCAUUUGGUUUCUUUAGUGGGAUACUGCAUUGAAGACAGCAGAAGACUACUUGUCUAUGACUACGUUCCUAACAAUACCCUUUACUUCCAUCUACAUGGGGAAAACCAGCCUGUGCUAGAAUGGGCAAACCGUGUCAAAAUUGCAGCUGGUGCAGCCCGUGGACUAGCAUAUCUCCAUGAAGACUGCAACCCUCGGAUCAUUCACAGGGAUAUCAAGUCGUCAAACAUUCUUUUAGAUUUCAAUUAUGAAGCUAAGGUCUCAGAUUUUGGGCUAGCCAAAUUAGCGCUUGAUGCAAAUACGCAUAUUACCACGCGUGUCAUGGGAACUUUUGGGUAUGUUGCCCCUGAAUAUGCUUCAAGUGGUAAAUUGACUGAGAAGUCUGAUGUAUAUUCUUUUGGAGUCGUGCUUUUGGAGCUAAUUACCGGGCGGAAGCCGGUAGAUGUAUCCCAACCUUUGGGAGAUGAAAGCCUGGUUGAAUGGGCUCGGCCUUUACUAAGUCAUGCAAUUGAUACUGAGGAAUUCAGUAGUUUGGCAGAUCCAAGGCUAGAAAAGAAUUACAUUGAGAGUGAAUUGUAUUGCAUGAUUGAGGUUGCUGCAGCUUGUGUGCGGCAUUCAGCUUCAAAGAGACCUCGCAUGGGACAGGUUGUUAGAGCUUUUGAUAGCUUAGGAGGUUCUGAUCUAACUAAUGGAAUGCAACUUGGCGAAAGUGAGGUGUUUGACUCUGCACAACAAUCUGAAGAAAUAAGAUUAUUUCGGAGAAUGGCAUUUGGUAGUCAAAAUUAUAGCACAGAUUUCUUUAGCCGUGCUAGUUUGAAUCCAUGAAAGGGCACUGUGUACAUAAUGGAAGAGCUUAUUUCAAAGAUCUUGUGAAGCUGAGUCAAUGGCUGGCUCUGGUUGAGCUUUUGUUGCUUGCAGAUAUGGCUAAGGUGCUUGCAUUCUUGCUUUUGAUUCUGAAAUUGACAGCAUCAUUCUUCUACCUGAAUUUCAUCAUUCUUUUCAUUAGCUGGUUCUUUUGGCAGCAAUUUUGGCUUUGUAAUUAGAAUUUGUAAAAAGUUACCUUCUACAACACUCACCAUUACAAUGAUUAACAUAUUAGUUGAUUUGUUAUGUAAUGAUAGAAUAGAUGUGUGACUAUC